ACUUCAAGAGAGAUUUAUUCAACCAUUUAGUGUAGGUGGACCAUGUCCUCCAGUCAGCUUUCCUGGAAAUCAGGAAUUUUUUAAAGAAUUUAUUGUUGCUGCUUCCAGUCCUGUAUUGAAUCAACAUUUAUCUAAUAUAUUUACUGGUAAAAUUAAAAAGUUAAACAGUACAGAAUUUAGUCAAAAUACCUCAGAAGAAAAUCAAGAAUCAGAAGGCAUAAAUCAGGUAUUUCUUCUUUCUAAAAAAGCUGUUUAUUUCCUUUUAAUUACACAUAAAAUCAAACAUUAUAAAAUCAAACUUUACAUAAUUAAAAGAUAUUGUAGUUCAGAACAUCCUUAA